ACAGCAGUUUAAUGAGGAUAGAGAGAAAGGUACAAUAUGCAAUAUGACAUUUUCUCACUGUCCUCACUUCAGUCCCGAUACCUGGGAAGGGCCUGGCCCAGCUUUGAUAACCGCUUUACCUCAAACUCAGCUCUCUACCAGCAAACUGGACAUCAUCACUGUGGCAGGAGGCCCUGAAUUCUGAACCAAGGCCAUGGAGGGCUCCGUGCUGAGCCCCACAUCCUGGGAGAAGCGACGGGCCUGGCUCCGUCAGAGCCGCCACUGGCAGACCCAGGUCUUGGAAGAGGAGGCUGCAGCUGCCCUGCAGGAUGUCCCAGAUCCUGAGCCGUCCAGCCUGGAUGACGUUUUUCAGGAAGGGAAUCCAAUCACUAAGAUUGAAGACUGGCUGCAGGAUUGUGGAUACUCUGAAGAAGGGUUUUUUGAGGAAGCAGGGCAGCCGAUGUGCAAUGGGUGCCCCAGCCAUGGAACCAGCUUUGAAGAUGACUUGACCCUUGGAGCAGAGGCCACACUGUUGGCCACCAGUGGCAAACUCUUCUCCAGGAGUUUCCUGAAGACUGCCCGACCCUGCCAGCUACUCAAUCUUGGCUGCAGUUUGGCUUCCAGCAGCAUGACUGGUGGAACCAACAAGACUAGUUCAAGCAUCUCUGAGAUUCUGGACAAGGUGCAAGAAGAUGCAGAAGAUGUCCUCUUCAGUCUGGGCUUUGGCCAAGAGGACCACAAAGACACUUCUCGGAUUCCUGCCCGAUUUUUCACCACCCCCUCCCAGGCCAGGGGCAUUGAUUUCCAGCUCUUCCUGAAGGCCCAGGUGCGGAGGAUCGAGAUGGAGGACCCUUGCCUCAUGCUGGCCAGCAGGUUUAAGCAGGUGCAAACACUGGCUGUCACUGCUGAUGCCUUCUUCUGUCUCUACUCCUAUGUGUCUAAGACACCUGUUCAAAAGUUCACACCAUCCCACAUGUUCUGGAAUUACAACCCAACUGAGGUGCCAUCCAUCAAGAUUCUGGGCCCAGAGCCAGAACCUCACUCACCCAGAGAACGCCUCCGGAAAGCCAUCUCCAAAAUGUGCCUCUAUACCUGCCCCAAAGAUCGGCUAUCAUCACCCCACAAUACCCCCAAAAGGAACAGUUUGGACCAAGUGGUGUGGGAAGUGAUGGACAGAGUGAGAGGAGAGAAGCUGGUUCUCCAGCAAGACCCUGAGUUUGGGCCAGGCUCACAGGAAGAUCCUGUGCCUCCCGUCAUCCGUCCAAAGCUGCCCACUUCUUCUUCCAUGUGCCCGUGUGUCCUCUGCCCUGAAGACGAAACACAGCUGGGGAUGUCCACAAUGCAAGCACCAUCACAAACCCUGCAUUCUAACCCCAAGACACCCUGCUGCACACAUUCUCCAUCCAGAGCAGAUCUACAGUGGAGCACAGACCCUGCACAGGUAAAGAGAGAGCUGUGGAGUCUACAGGCCACCAAUAAGGAAGCCCAUUCAGCCAAGGAUGACACUUUUUGGAAAAGGAAGAGCAGAGCAAGAAAGAGUCUGUUUCAGAAGGAUCCCAUGGACAGAAAAGUUAAAUCAUUGGACCUGUCCAUCUUCCAGCAGAAAUGGAAGGAGAGCCAAGACAGACCAUACCUGCGCCGAUCUCUAACCCAACAGCUGUGGAACAAUUUUGACUUGGAGAAGGUGAAGUGCGACAGUGAAAAGGAGGAGAGCUGCUGGCCCAGCAGGCCCAGCCCCAACCUCUGCCAGACUUUUGCAGCCAAAGACUCAAGAAGAGGUGGUACUGCCUCCAACACCCAGGUCCUGCUCUGAGGCCUUACAAACUCCUGAACUCAGUAGGAGAAAUGCAGCAUGGUAAGUGGGAAAGAAGACUAGACUGAGAGACUUGGAGUCUACAUCCUGAUACAGUCAUAAACUGCAUGCACAGAGAAAGACCUUCAGCACCUCACUUCGUUUCUCUGUGUGUUGGUUUCUCUACCAUGUGGGUAUUGGAAUCGUGAUGUGGAUAGUGGUAACCUGGUAAACUUAAUUUUCUCCCAAGCUUUGACACUGCCUAGGGCCUUUAGAGGAUUUAAGGACGAUGAAGUUUGAGGAACACGGGUUGCUACUGGAAUCACCUCAAAGGGUUCAAGCUAAAUGAGGAAGAAAAAAAUCCCACUUUCAGGCUCUGAAACCUGGUGCAACCCACAGUGGGAUUCCCUCUGAGCCUCUAGACAGCCCUAUGUGCUCCCAAUUAAAUUCCAAAAUGUCUUCCACAACACCAGAGUCCUACUUUUCUUCUUGAGGCCUCAUCCUAGGAGAUCCACUUGCAGCUUCCUCUUUAAAACCAGCUUCUUAGGGCCGGCCCGAUGGCUUGAGCACCGUGCUAACACCGAGGUCGCUGGUUUGAUUCCCACAUACGCCAGUGAGCUGCACCCUCUACAGCUAAGAUUGUGAACAACGGCUCUCCCUGGAGCUGGGCUGCAGUGAGCAGCCGGAUUGCCUCCAUGAGCUGCCAUGGCCGCGGGCUGCUGUGUGCUGCUGUGGGCUACCAUGUGCUGCCGUGAGCGGCUGGCAGCUGUCGAGAGCUGUGGUGAGCUUCUGUGAGCAGCCCACCGACCAACAACCGGGGACUGACUGCCUGGGGGGUCGGGGGGGGACACACAAGUCUCAUACUACCAGCAUGGGCCAGGGAGCUGUGUCCUACACAACUAGACUGAGAAGCAAUGGCUUGAAC